GGCACGACGCACUCGCUCUCGAGACUUCGCGACGGAACAUGCUCACAGUACGAGCGCUUUGAAACAGUUUUAGACGCUUAGAAUCAAAUCCUUCGAUAACAUAAAGACACGGAAAGACAAUUCGGUUGUGGUGGAAAUAAAUGCAUUACACGUGAAGGUGGUGUGAGAUGGCCCUGUCGCUGCAGUCCAACCAGACCUCGCGAGGAGUUUCUGUAAGAUCACUAUCAAGUAUGAGGGAGGAAUCGUUGCCGAUGUUGGCUGAGCGUAUACUAGCAAGCCGUGCUGCUGCUUUAGUGGCCGGUCUACCUGCGGAACUAUAUUCUGGAGCAUUACUAGCAGCUUGGCCACCGUCACCGCCCGCCCCCUUAUUGCCUCCACCAGCUCCGGAAAUAGAAAGAGCAAGGAAACGACGACGAACGCCGAAACUAGACGAUACAACGUCCCCUGCCCCACCAUCACCACCGUCCUCUGGUUCAUCACCAGGAGCUACCGACCCACCGCGAGAUAAAUUGUUCACUUGCAAAGUUUGUUCGAGGUCCUUCGGAUACAAACACGUCCUCCAAAACCACGAGCGAACACACACUGGUGAAAAACCAUUCGAGUGCGGAGAAUGCCACAAACGGUUUACUCGUGAUCACCAUUUGAAGACACACCUUCGCCUGCACACUGGCGAGAAGCCGUACAGUUGUCCGCAUUGUCCACGGCACUUCGUACAAGUCGCUAAUCUGAGAAGACAUCUUCGGGUUCACACAGGAGAGAGACCCUACGCCUGCGCUCGCUGUCCAGCUCGAUUCUCAGACUCGAAUCAACUCAAAGCUCAUGCUCUGGUACACGAAGGUGACGCCCCGUUCGCUUGCCGAUGUGGAGCGAGAUUCAGGAGACGACAGGCUGCAGCUUUACACCGCUGUCCGAGCGGUGGCUGCGAGCCCGGCACGCCAAGCCCUCCAGCCUCGAUCGCCCCGGAUUGGCGCUGGGACGACUGGCCGGAGCAAACCGAGCCAGAAGAUUUAUCUCUGCCCCGAAGACCGGCGACUCCGGAUUCGCCGACUGACUUGCGGGUGCACGCGGCGUAGUGGGUGCGUACGUAAGGCCUAGCGCCUCGCGACGCUGAGCCGGUAUACGAGUUCCUCUCAAGUAGUUCCGCGCUGGGGCAAUGAAAGUCGUUGUCCUCUCACUUGGUGUAUUUAAAUUUCAUUAUAUUAUUAUUCACACAAGCUCCAAAGAUUCGAUAGAAAAAAAUGUACCUAACGGUCGCCUAUUGCCAUUUUUUCGUAUUCUUAGUAAGCCUACUGAAAUGCUCUUGUUAGUU